UUUUAUUAUACGUAAUCAAACAUACAGUCCAUCACUGACAAGAUGUCUGUGAAGACUUUGUCAUUUCUUUUUGUGCUAUCGUCGUUUUUUAACCUAGGAGAGACAGGAUGCAAUCAGGAUUUGGUUGGAAUGUCGGGAGUUUUUACAUCCCCAAACUAUCCUAAAAGAUAUCCAAAUAGUCAACUAUGUAUUUACACCAUAACUGUUCCCGAGGGAAUGACUAUAAAAUUAACAUUUUCAGACUUUAAUACUGAAUAUGUCCACGACAAUGUGUUCAUCAAAAAAGACCGCACAGUAUUGCGUAAAUAUAAUGGAAUUCAAAUUCCUGAUACAUUUUACAGUUCAUCGAAUACUCUGACUGUUCAAUUUACAAGUGAUUAUUCGGUUACGAAAACUGGAUUUUAUGCAACCUUUACAGGUAUAUGCCCAGACGGAGCUGAUACGAAGCAAUGUUCAGAUCAGUGUAAGGACGGCAAAUGUCAUCCUUGUGGUGGCUAUUGUACAGAAGGGUGUAAGACCGGUUUCUAUGGAACUCAUUGUAACAUCCAAUGUGGCCUUCAUUGUAGACAAGACACGUGUGCUUUAAUAACUGGGGUUUGCACCGAUGGCUGUACGAAUGGUUUCUAUGGCAACAUGUGUAAUCUAGCAUGUUCCAGUAAUUGUAAUCAACGAAUUUGUGAAAUCACAAAUGGAUUUUGCAACAGUGGAUGCAAAAACGGCUACUAUGGCAAUAAUUGUAACAACGCCUGCCCUAAUUGUAACACUGAGGGAUGCCAUCAAACAAGCGGAGUUUGUACCGAUGGUUGUAAGGAUGGUUUCUAUGGCAACAAAUGUAAUCUCGCAUGUCCCAGUAAUUGUAAUCAAGGAAUUUGUGAAAUCACAAAUGGAUUUUGCAACAGUGGAUGUAAAGACGGUUACUAUGGCAAUAAUUGUAUCAACGUCUGCUCUAAUUGUAAAACUGGUGGAUGUCAUCAAUCAAGUGGAGUUUGUACCGAUGGUUGUAAGGAUGGUUUCUAUGGUAACACAUGUAAUCUUACAUGCUCCAAUAAUUGUAAUCAUGGAAUUUGUGAAAUCACAAAUGGAUUUUGCAACAGUGGAUGCAAAAACGGCUACUAUGGCAAUAAUUGUAACAACGCCUGCCCUAAUUGUAACACUGAGGGAUGCCAUCAAACAAGCGGAGUUUGUACCGAUGGUUGUAAGGAUGGUUUCUAUGGUAACAAAUGUAAUCUCGCAUGUCCCAGUAAUUGUAAUCAAGGAAUUUGUGAAAUCACAAAUGGAUUUUGCAACAGUGGAUGUAAAGACGGUUACUAUGGCAAUAAUUGUAUCAACGUCUGCUCUAAUUGUAAAACUGGUGGAUGUCAUCAAUCAAGUGGAGUUUGUACCGAUGGUUGUAAGGAUGGUUUCUAUGGUAACACAUGUAAUCUUACAUGCUCCAAUAAUUGUAAUCAUGGAAUUUGUGAAAUCACAAAUGGAUUUUGCAGCAGUGGAUGCAAAGUCGGUUACUAUGGCAAUAAUUGUAACAACGUCUGCUCUAAUUGUAAAACCGAGGGAUGCCAGCAAACAAGCGGAGUUUGUACCGAUGGUUGUAAGGAUGGUUUCUAUGGCAACACAUGUAAUCUCACAUGUUCCAAUAACUGUAAUCGAGGAAUUUGUGAAAUCACAAAUGGAUUUUGCAGCAGUGGAUGCAAAGAUGGUUACUAUGGCAAUGAUUGUAACACCAUUUGCUCAAAUUGUAAAACUGAGGAAUGCCAUCAGUCAAGUGGAGUUUGUACCGAUGGUUGUAAGGAUGGUUUCUAUGGCAACCCAUGUAAUCUCACAUGUUCCAAUAAUUGUAAUCAAGGAAUUUGUGAAAUCACAAAUGGAUUUUGCAGCAGUGGAUGCAAAGUAGGUUACUAUGGCAAUGAUUGUAACACCACUUGCUCAAAUUGUAAAACUGAGGAAUGCCAUCAGUCAAGUGGAGUUUGUACCGAUGGUUGUAAGGAUGGUUUCUAUGGCAACCCAUGUAAUCUCACAUGUUCCAAUAAUUGUAAUCAAGGAAUUUGUGAAAUCACAAAUGGAUUUUGCAGCAGUGGAUGCAAAGAAGGUUACUAUGGCAAUGAUUGUAACACCACUUGCUCAAAUUGUAAAACUGAGGAAUGCCAUCAGUCAAGUGGAGUUUGUACCGAUGGUUGUAAGGAUGGUUUCUAUGGCAACCCAUGUAAUCUCACAUGUUCCAAUAAUUGUAAUCAAGGAAUUUGUGAAAUCACAAAUGGAUUUUGCAGCAGUGGAUGCAAAGAAGGUUACUAUGGCAACGAUUGUAACAGCAUUUGCUCUAAUUGUAAAACUGGUGGAUGCCAUCAAUCAAGCGGAAUUUGUGCCGAUGGUUGUAAGGAUGGUUUCUAUGGCAACCCAUGUAAUCUCACAUGUUCCAAUAAUUGUAAUCAAGGAAUUUGUGAAAUCACAAAUGGAUUUUGCAGCAGUGGAUGCAAAGAAGGUUACUAUGGCAACGAUUGUAACAGCAUUUGCUCUAAUUGUAAAACUGGUGGAUGCCAUCAAUCAAGCGGAAUUUGUGCCGAUGGUUGUAAGGAUGGUUUCUAUGGCAACACAUGUAAUUUCACAUGUUCCAAUAACUGUAAUCGAGGAAUUUGUGAAAUCACAAAUGGAUUUUGCAGCAGUGGAUGCAAAGAUGGUUACUAUGGCAAUGAUUGUAACACCAUUUGCUCAAAUUGUAAAACUAAGGAAUGCCAUCAGUCAAGUGGAGUUUGUACCGAUGGGUGUAAGGAUGGUUUCUAUGGCAACCCGUGUAAUUUCACAUGUUCCAAUAAUUGUAAUCAAGGAAUUUGUGAAAUCACAAAUGGAUUUUGCAGCAGUGGAUGCAAAGAAGGUUACUAUGGCAAUGAUUGUAACAACAUUUGCUCUAAUUGUAAAACUGGUGGAUGCCAUCCAAAAAGGGGAGUUUGUACCGAUGGUUGUAAGGAUGGUUUCUAUGGCAACACAUGUAAUCUCACAUGUUCCAAUAAUUGUAAUCAAGGAAUCUGUGAAAUCACAAAUGGAUUUUGCAGCAGUGGAUGCAAAGAAGGUUUCUAUGGCAAUGAUUGUUACAACAUUUGCUCUAAUUGUAAAACUGGUAGAUGCCAUCAAUCAAGUGGAGUUUGUACCGAUGGUUGUAAGGAUGGUUUCUAUGGCAACACAUGUAAUCUCACAUGCUCCAAUAAUUGUAAUCAAGGAAUUUGUGAAAUCACAAAUGGAUUUUGCAGCAGUGGAUGCAAAGAAGGUUACUAUGGCAAUGAUUGUAACACCACUUGCUCAAAUUGUAAAACUGAGGAAUGCCAUCAGUCAAGUGGAGUUUGUACCGAUGGUUGUAAGGAUGGUUUCUAUGGCAACCCAUGUAAUCUCACAUGUUCCAAUAAUUGUAAUCAAGGAAUUUGUGAAAUCACAAAUGGAUUUUGCAGCAGUGGGUGCAAAGAUGGUUACUAUGGCAAUGCUUGUAAUCAAACAUGUUCUAGUUGCACACCUGGUGGGUGUAGAAUAUCAGAUGGCUUCUGUGUUAACGAAUGUAAUACUGGUUUUUAUGGCAAUUCGUGUAAUAAACGCUGUAACGAACUCUGCGUCGGUAGUUGUGGCAGGUUAGACGGUUAUUGCAAUGCAUGUCGUUCUUGGAGAUUUGGCAAAUAUUGUGAGCAUAGUUGUAGUAAUGGCUGUGUAAAUGAUAGCUGUUCUAGCGUAGAUGGGUCAUGUUCAUGUAAAUAUAAUACUUAUUACGGUGAUCAGUGUGAUAGAAGAUGUAGUGAAAGGUGUAUAGAUAGACGAUGUGUGGAGCUAGUACCAUCAGGCCCACCACAGUGUAAAGGCGGUUGUAUAGAUGAAUAUAAGGGUCCAUACUGUCAAACACGAUGUCCACGUAACUGUAUUAAAUGUAACGACAUGGCUUGCUCUGUCUGUAAAGAUGGUUGGUUUGGUGACAGCUGUUCGUCUCUUUGCCCUAACCACUGUGUAAACUGCAAUGAAACCACAUGCCAUAUUUGUCAGGAAGGCUGGCAUGGUACGGUAUGUCAGAACACUUGUCCUGAAAAUUGCCAAAAUGGAUGCGGAUUAGUAACCGGAGAGUGUACCAAGUGUAAAGAAAAUAUGUUUGGUCGUUUCUGUAAUUCAUCUUGCAGUAGGGGAUGUAAACAAGUUAGUAACCAAUCAACGUGCAAUAGCACUGGUUGCUUAAAUGGUUGUGUUCAUGGAAGAUUUGGUUAUUUGUGUGAUGAAAGUUGCAGCUCCACUUGCGAUGAGGGAUGUGGCAUGGACGGUGUAUGUACCAACUGUGUCAGUGGUUACUAUGGCAAUCAGUGUCAGCACAAGUGCAGUUCACUUUGCAAAGGAGGAUGCGACAGAGCUGGGACAUGUACCAACUGCAUUGAUGGUUACCUAGGCGAAAUGUGCGACGAAGUCUGUAGCUAUGCACAGUGUGGGGCCUGUGACAGGGAUACUGGCAACUGCACUAGUUGUUUGACUGGUUACUAUGGUGACACCUGUAAUGAAACGUGCCAUUCAACUUGUGUUGGGGGUUGCAAUUGGGAAAAGGGCACAUGUUUUAAAUGUGAAGACGGAUAUUAUGGAGAUAACUGUAGCUCAAAUUGCAGCGUUAGAUGUUUAAAUGAAUGUAACAUAGUCGAUGGUAGUUGUUUAGGAUGCGAUGUUGGGUGGAAGGGGAGGCUGUGCAACGAAUCGUGUUCUGAUAUAUCCCCUGAGUGCACCGAAUGUGACCAAACUGAAAUCGAAUGCUUGUCUUGUGCCGCAAACUGGUUUGGACCUACAUGUGCAGAACGGUGUCCUGUCGACUGCUUUGGUGGUACGUGCGAUGUAAAAGGUGAUUGUAUUACUUGCGAAUCCGGGAAGUUUGGACCGAGGUGUGAUAAACUUUGUCCCGUCAGAUGCCUUGAAAGGAUAUGCGACAUGGAUGGAAAUUGUAAAGCUUGUGAGAACGGACAUUUUGGAUCCACUUGUGACCUAAAUUGUAGUAUGAGUUGUAGACCUACCCAAGUCAACCCUGUAUGUAAUUACACAGAUGGUACUUGUACGGACGGGUGUGUAGAUGGUAAGCGAGGAGCUAAUUGUUCAGAAGAUUGUAUGGAAGGAUGGUAUGGUAAGGAUUGUAAAUAUAAAUGUGGUUUUUGUGAUGAAAAUAAGGCGUGUAAUUUGACUACUGGAGAAUGUCUUGUAUAUGGGUGUCAAGUGGGAUAUACAGGAUCGAAAUGCAUGACAGAGAUAAACCAGAAGACAAUUAGAUUUGAAUAUGUAUAUAUUGGCAUUGGUGUGAUUGUUGGCAUCAUCAUGUUGACGAUUGUCGGUGUGGUACUAUGUCAUCAGAAAAGGAAGUCUCAAAGACAAUGGAGCAUCAAGAUAAAAUCGCCAUUUUCAAUGCCAUUAGAAACUGGUGAUAAGAUUCAUGGUGGGAAUAACAGUGCGAAUGACGAUGACCAUUCCUUGGUCUUAAUUAGUGAGACAGCCAUUGUAUCGGAAUCAGUUGCUGAUAAUCCGCUAAACGCUUAACACCCAGAAGAUAAACGGCAACAAAUGAUUACGGAUACACAGAUGUAAAUUCCAGAGGUUUCUGAUACACGAUGUUCCUGAGCUUUCUCAUGAAACAAGUGGUUUUAAUUUUACAGAUGUUACCAAUAAAACCUAUGAUGUUUAAGGCACCCAGAUCUUCUGCUUCUAGCGAUAGUUUUUUAUAAUAAAAAAUUAGUAUGUAGAUAGCUAUAUCAAUAAAUAAACAUUAUGUUUUACUCUCAACAUUUCAUUUAUUUAUAUAUAUAUAUAAACAUUAUGUUUUACUCUCAACAUUUCAUUUAUAUAUAUAUAUAUAUGUAUAUAUCAAUUUAAUAAACAUUAUGUUUUACUCUCAACAUUUCAUUUAUAUAUAUUUGAAUAAAAUUUAUCAUGAUGACUACUAAGAACACCUGUUACUGUUCAGUCUUUAAUCAAGAUGACUAACUAAGAACACGUUUUAUUGUUUAGUCAUUUAUUUUGCAACAAACACGUGAUCUGUUAAGCGAUGAAACACGUACAUUUAAAGGAGCCAAAUCGCUAUUCGUUGGCACCUAGAAAUGGACACAAACCGGUCGUAACGCAUAUAAUAAUGUAUUAUGAAUGUAUAUAAACUGAAUUAUAUUCAGGGAGCCACGGUGGCUAAGUGGGUAAGACGCUGGCUUGCUAGUCUGGAGGUUGCGUGUUCGAUCCCUGCAUUGGCCGAGAAGGUUCAUCGGGAUUUACCGGGGUGGUUUCCCCUUGUCAGUGGUGCAAGACGGAGAGACUGACAAGGACAGCUGUCCAGUCGUUCGGAUGGUCCGAAAAACCGAGGACUCGUGUAUACAUCGGCGUACACGUAAAAGAUCCCUUGGCAGUUGUUGAAAUUCGAUAUAAGAGUGGGCCAUACUGCCGCUGCCCGGGCAAAAAUUCCCUCAUAGCACACUGUAUGGCGUGUGCCCAUCUUCAUAAUCCCAGUCGGAACAGAACAGUAGGGCGUUAAACCCCAUUUCAUUUCAUUUCAAAUCAUCUUGAUUUACAUUCAGUACUUUCUGUUUUUACUCUAAUUUCUAAUCAGUUAUGUUCGGCGAAAUAUGCGAAUAGUCCAAAGUGAAUGGCAGUCUUUGGCGUCUGUUUAUUCCAGUCUACACCGGUAGUAUUACCCUGUGGAGUAUGUUAAAUCGAAUCGCUUCAUUACAAAUGACACUCGAAAGCAUUCUGAUUUAAAUUGACUAAUAAGGCAAUGUCGAAGACUGUGGAUGAUAUUGAGUUAGCGAUCUGCUUCCUUUAAAUAUAUUAUGGUAUCUUCACGUCUCAAUACUGGAAACGAUACAGACAAAUUCCCCCUCGAUCAAAGUUAAUGUCACUAAUUUUCAAGUCAUGAUAUAUAAACUGAUUUUGAUUUCUUGCCUUAACCUUACAUCUUGUUAAUACCCCACAGUCAUUGUUUUAUCUGCUAAUUGGUUUCUAAUUAAUGUUAUCUACAUACCGGUAUUGCUUUUUUUUUUAAUUUGUAAAAUUCGCGCAUAUCAGACCAUAACUUCCUGGAUUUUAUCUGCUAAUUGGUUUCUAAUUUGUUAUCUAAAUACCGGUAUUGCUUUUUUUUUUUAAAAAAUCACACUUUUAGCUUAUGAAGUCUCUAAGGGUCACAAUUUUUAUCUGAUUUUGAAAAACCGUUUAUAUAAAUAAAUCACCGAUACACCAAAAUGAAAGUUGAGUUUGAAUUUCGUGAAAAUCUAAACGAAACUACCCGAAAAAUGGCCAUUCCUUGUAUGCAAAUAGUGUAAAAAUAUGUAAUACGAAGGUUGUGUACCCCUUUGACGAAAAUUAAAAUAUAUGUUUAUAUCCUAAAGCUCUACGCUCCUUUUGAUAUUCGCGCAUUUCAGACCAUAACUUAUUGGAUUAUGGCCAAAGAUUGUACGAAAAAACCCGUUUUUUUUACCCUGUUCUCUAUCCAUCUCUUGAAAAUUGUUGGCGUAUCUUGCCUGCAUGGCCACCGCAGAUUAAUUUGGAAAUUCAUUUUUAAUUUUGUAAAUUCAAUUUAAUUUUGUAAAUUCAAUUUAAUUUUGUAAAUUCAAUUUAAUUUUGUAAAUUCAAUUUAAUUUAAUUUUGUAAAUUCAAUUUAAUUUAAUUUUGUAAAUUCAAUUUAAUUUUGUAAAUUCAAUUUAAUUUUGUAAAUUCAAUUUAAUUUUGUAAAUUCAAUUUAAUUUUGUAAAUUCAAUUUAAUUUUGU